CGCACUGGGGGUCAGAGAGAAGGGAGAGGCCUCCUUCUGAGGGGCGGCUUGAUACCGGUGGAGGGAAGCGGGCCGAGGUUCUGUGAGGAGUCAAGGAAAGCCCCAGGUGCCCAGAUGUAAGGCCAGUGACUUGGGCACUGGGGGUCACAGAGUAGCGGGGGCCUCGCUGUGAGGGGUGAGUCGAUAUCGGCGGAGGGAAGCGGGCCCAGGCUCUGUGAGGAGGCAAGGUGAGACGCUGAGGGAGGACUUAGGACGCCCCCACCCCAGAUAGAGGGCCCCAAAGAAUCCAGCACCACCCCUGCUGCCAGCCCUGAACCACCCCGGGGGCGGACUUCUCAGGCUGGGCCACCCUUCGCCACCCCACCGCUUAAGCCCCAGAGCUUGGUGUGACCAGGGCAGGACUGGUUAAGAGAGGGUGGGGGCCAGGCUCUGCCAGGCAUCAGGGCCAGGACCCUGAGGGAGGCCUGAGGCCCCAUAGAGGGAGUCACUGCCCCUGCAGUCAACCCUGGGAAGUUCUGGGCAUGGCGGUCAGGCAAGCGGAUCCUGAUAUCUGCAUCCUGGGCUGACCGAGGGAAGGGGCUUGGUAUCGUUAGCAUGGCCACGAGAGAACAGAGGGAGGGCCCAGGUCCUGCUGGGAGACAAGGGAGGCCUGAGGGGACCCAGUACCCCAGGACAAGGGGCCCACCCCGCCCCUAUCUGAGACCGAGGCCCCUCCUCAUUCAGCCUCGGGAAUCUGACAGAUAGAGACUCAGGUCCACUGAGGGGUGGGGCCCAGCCCUCUAGGAGACCAGGGAAGGAACAAGACGGAGGACAGAGGGGACCCCGGAGUCCAGCUCAGUGGGGAUCUUUGCCUGGGCGAUCCCGGGCACGGUGGCCGCACGUGGUGCAUUGUGGCUGCUGGGAUCGGGUGUCAAUGGGAACAGUGCUGUGGUAUGAGGAGUGGGGCCUCAGGUGAGCAGGAGGAGGAGUCCCAGAGGCCUGAGGAAGGAUUCACCAGACCUCUCAUCCCAGACCUAGGAAACCUGCCCCUGCCGUCAGUCUUGGGAGGCCCCAGGCAGGACUGUGAGGAAGGGAAGUGCCCCCUCCACCCCCAACACACACUUUCUCAAAGAGGGUCUAAGGGAGAAAUUGGCCUUGGUCUGCAAGACUCAUCUCUGGUUCAGCAAAAUGGAAGGGGCCAGAUUCUGUCAGAAGCAAAUAUGAAUACCUAGAGGACACCCAGACCGACGAGGCCCCCUGGAACCUGCUCCUUUGGUCAGCCUUGGGUAUCUCAUGCAUGAGUGACCAUGAGGUGGCCCCUCACUUCUGCCUCCCGGGUCUCAGGGAGGUGGGGGCCUUGGUCCGAGGGGUUUCCUCAGCUCAGCAGAGGGAGCCACACCUGGUCAGCACAGGGUGGAAUCCAGGGUCUUCCAGGAGUGACGGGGAGGAAGUUUGGUGAGGACUGAAGGUAAGAAGGUACCUCCACGCUCUCAAAAAAGAAAGGACCUCACAGACACUGGUGUCACCUGUUCUCAGCCCCAGGUGGCCCCAGGCAGGAAUGGCAUGAGGCAUGCUCUCAUUUCUCCCACGUGACUGGGGGUGAGAGGUCUCAGGGAGGUGAGUACCUUGAUGCCAGGGGGCACUGAGAGAUUCAACAGAGGGCUCCACACCUGGUCAGUAGAAGGAGGACUCCCAGGAUCAGCAGGACCCAAGGUGUGCCCCCUUCAUGAGGAAUGGAGGUACCCCCAACCCAGAAAGAAGCCACCCCACAGAGUCUAGGUGAACUCUGUUCUUAGAUCUGGGGACGGGGGGGGCGGGGCCUGAUGAAGGAUGGCGCUAAGUGGCAAGCUCACUUGUACCACGGCAGGAAGUUGAGGAACCCUCAGGGGGAUGAGGCGUUGAUGUAAAGGGAGAUGUCUUCUCAUCUCAAGGGUUUGAGGGUCGAGAAAGUAGAAGCCCCAGCAGGAGUAAAGAUGAAUAACCCGCAGGAGGACUUUGGAACACCCACCUCAUACCUGAAGGGUUCAGCUGGUGGGGUCAGCCCCGGACACCCCACGCAGGGGUGACAGAUGUGGGGCCUCCUCCCCUCUGUUUCUGGAUCUCAGGGAGGUGAGGACUUUGUUCUCAGAGGGUGUGUGGACAAAACAGGGAGGCCCUGUGUUCGACAGACACAGCGGUCCCAGGAUUGGAGAGCAGUCCAGGUGAGGAACCUAAGGGAGGAUCGAGGGUACCUCCAGGCCAGAGAAACUCUCAGAUCAAGAGAGUUUGCCCUGCCCCUACUGUCACCCCAGAGAGCCCGGGCAGGGCUGUCUGCUGAGGUCCCUCCUUUAUCCUGGGAUCACUGGUGUCAGGGAGGGCUGGCCUUGGUCUGAGGGGGCUGCACUCAUGUCAGCAGAGGGAGGGUCCCAGGCCCUGCCAGGAGUCCAGGUGCAGACUGAGGGGACCCCACUCACCAAACACAGAGGACCUAGCCCCACCCUGCCCCUUCUGUCAGCUGAGGGAAGCCGCUGGGUGGAUGGACUCCCCUCACUUCCUCUUCAGGUGUCUCCUGGAGAUAGGGCCUCAGGUCAACAGAGGGAGGGUUCCAGACCCUGCAGGCAUCAAGAUGAGGACCAGGCAGUAUCCUCACCCCAGGACACAUGGACCCCAUUGAAUUUGGACAUCUCUUACUGUACUUCCGAGGAAACCCUGGGCAGGUGUGGGCAGAUGUUGGUUGGGGCAUGUCCUUCUGUUCCAUAUCAGGGAUGUGAGCUCUUGAUCUGAGAGACUCUCAGGCAAGUAGAGGAGUGGAGUCCAGUCCCUGCCAGGAGAAAGGAGCUCCAGGAAGCAGGCAAGCCUUGGUCUGAGACGGUGUCCUCAGGUCACAGAGCAGAGGAGACCCAGGCAGUGUCAGCAGUGAAGGUUCUCAGGGGACAGGCUGACCAGGAGGACAGGAGCCCCAAGAGGCCCCAGAGCAGCACUGAAGAAGACCUGCCUGUGGGUCUCCAUCGCCCAGCUCCUGCCCACGCUCCUGACUGCUGCCCUGACCAGAGGCAUCAUGUCUCUUGAGCAGAGGAGUCCGCACUGCAAGCCUGAUGAAGACCUUGAAGCCCAAGGAGAGGACUUGGGCCUGAUGGGUGCACAGGAUCCCACAGGCGAGGAGCAGGAGACUACCUCCCCCUCUGACAACAAGGAGGAGGAGGUGUCUGCUGCUGGGUCAUCAAGUCCUCCCCAGAGUCCUCAGGGAGGCGCUUCCUCCUCCACUUCCAUCUACUACACUUUAUGGAGCCAAUUCGAUGAGGGCUCCAGCAGUCAAGAAGAGGAAGGGCCAAGCACCUCGGUCGACCCAGCUCACCUGGAGUUCAUGUUCCAAGAAGCACUGAAAUUGAAGGUGGCUGAGUUGGUUCGUUUCCUGCUCCACAAAUACCGAGUCAAGGAGCGGGUCACAAAGGCAGAAAUGCUGGAGAGUGUCAUCAAAAAUUACAAGCACUACUUUCCUGUGAUCUUCGGCAAAGCCUCCGAGUUCCUGCAGCUGAUCUUUGGCACUGAUGUGAAGGAGGUGGACCCCGCCGGCCACUCCUACAUCCUUGUCACUGCUCUUGGCCUCUCGUGCGAUAGCAUGCUGGGUGAUGGUCAUAGCAUGCCCAAGGCCGCCCUCCUGAUCAUUAUCCUGGGUGUGAUCUUAACCAAAGAUAACUGCGCCCCUGAAGAGGUUAUCUGGGAAGCGUUGAGUGUGAUGGGGGUGUAUGUUGGGACGGAGCACAUUUUCUAUGGGGAGCCCAGGAAGCUGCUCACCCAAGAUUGGGUGCAGGAAAACUACCUGGAGUACCGGCAGGUGCCCGGCAGUGAUCCUGCGCACUACGAGUUCCUGUGGGGUUCAAAGGCCCACGCUGAAACCAGCUAUGAGAAUGUCAUAAAUUAUUUGGUCAUGGUCAAUGCAAGAGAGCCCAUUUGCUACCCAUCCCUUUAUGAAGAGGUUUUGGGAGAGGAGCAAGAGGGAGUCUGAGCACCAGCCGCAGCCAGGGCCAAUGUUUGUGGGGUCAGGGCCCCAUCCAGCAGCUGCCCUGCCCCAUGUGACAUGAGGCCCAUUCUUCACUCUGUGUUUGAAGAGAGCAAUCAGUGUUCUCAGUGGCAGUGGGUGGAAGUGAGCACACUGUAUGUCACCUCUGGGUUCCUUGUCUAUUGGGUGAUUUGGAGGUUUAUCCUUGCUCCCUUUUGGAAUUGUUCAAAUGUUCUUUUAAUGGUCAGUUUAAUGAACUUCACCAUCGAAGUUAAUGAAUGACAGUGGUCACACAUAUUGCUGUUUAUUUUAUUUAGGAGUAAGAUUCUUGCUUUUGAUUCACAUGGGGAAAUCCCUGUUAUUUUGUGAAUUGGGACAAGAUAACAUAGCAGAGGAAUUAAUAAUUUUUUUUGAAACUUGAACUUAGCAGCAAAAUAGAGCUCAUAAAGAAAUAGUGAAAUGAAAAUGUAGUUAAUUCUUGCCUUAUACCUCUUUCUCUCCCCUGUAAAAUUAAAAUAUAUACAUGUAUACCUGGAUUUGCUUGGCUUCUUUGAGAAUGUAAGAGAAAUAAAAAUUGAAAGAAUAA